UCUAAACACCUGCAGUCACAGACCUUCACAGCAUAGGACCCUCAUGAGGAGGCGAUAUACGGACCUAUAUUAGUCUCUUAUUUUCAGAUGGAUGGGGGCAAUGGGAAUACGACGACAAACUGUUGAAAUUAUCAUUCUUGAUCUGAAAUCUAUGGGAUAUGUUUUAUGUGGUUUGGAAAUAAUUCGAGAGAGACUAAGAAACUCUGUGGCUCUAGGGUUAUACUUGAGUGAACGUUUAAGCAUUUAAGACCUUUUCAAACGGAUUUUCGUUGUUUUCGUGUGGGACUUCAGUAUCUUCAAUUGUUGAGCGAGACGUCCAAGGAAUGUAGCGAUAACAUCUUAUUAUGUGAGUUUCGGGUCUCCUACACAAGAAAAGGAAAAAGACCUGUUUCUACUAUGGAUAGUGCCAAGACAGCGACUCGAGCCCUACUCCUCCUGUUGGGUUUCUGUGUUUGCAGUACCUCAGGCCUCCAACAGUCUGCUCCAAGGAUACGCCUGUCUUUCAAAGAGUUGUUGGACACCAGAGCAGUCCGUCCCUUCUCCUUCUCCUUCAACACCAGUGACUACCGCAUCCUGCUGAUGGACCAGGACCAGGGGCGUCUCUACCUGGGCAGCCGGGAGUACCUGGUGGCCCUGGACAUGCACAACGUCAACAAGGAGCCCCUCAUAAUCCAUUGGCCAACCUCUGACAAGAGAAGAGGGGAAUGUCGGAUGACAGGAAAAGGAGGACAGGGUGAGUGUGCAAACUUUGUGCGUAUGAUAGAGCCAUGGAACCGCACCCAUCUGUACACCUGUGGGACUGGAGCCUACCAACCCAUCUGCACCUUCAUCAACAGAGGCUGGAAGGCAGAGGACUAUGUGUUCAGGCUAGUUCCUGGAUUUACGGAAUCAGGGAAGGGCAAAUGUUCCUACGACCCUUCUCAGGAGAACAUUGGUGCUCUUAUCGAUGGGAAUCUGUAUGCAGGGGUCCAUGUAGACUUCAUGGGGACAGACGCAGCCCUCUUUAGGACCAUGGGGGGCAGAACAACAGUCAGGACAGAGCAGUAUGACUCCAAGUGGCUCAAUGAACCCGUAUUCAUUCAGAUCCAGCAGAUCCCCGACAGCGCCGAGAGGAAUGAUGAUAAACUCUACUUCUUCUUCCGGGAGAAGAGUCUGGAUGCAGGGGGAGGGGCCAGCCCUAGUGUGCUGGCCAGAGUGGGACGAGUGUGUCUGAAUGAUGAGGGGGGUCAGAAGUCCCUGGUGAACAGAUGGACCACCUUCCUGAAAGCCCGCCUGGUGUGCUCUGUGAUCGGAGACGAUGGGGUGGAGACCUUGUUUGACGAAUUGAGGGAUGUUUUCAUCCAGACCACGCAAGAUGAACGCAACCCUGUGGUCUAUGCCCUCUUCACAACUGCUGGCUCUGUGUUCAAGGGCUCAGCAGUCUGUGUGUACUCCAUGGCUGACAUCCGUAACGUCUUCAAUGGACCCUUCUCCCACAAACAUGGUCAUAACUACCAGUGGACAGCCUACACCGGCAAGAUUCCUUACCCUCGCCCUGGCACAUGUCCAGGAGGAACAUUCACCCCGGGCAUUCGCACCUCUAAGGACUUCUCAGACGAGGCAGUGAACUUCAUGCGAGCCCAUCCCCUCAUGUACCACCCUGUGUACCCUAUCCACCGUCGCCCCCUGGUGGUGAGGACCGGGGUGGACUACCGCUUCACAGCCCUGGUGGUGGACCAGGUGGACGCAGUGGACGCCCGAUACGAGGUGCUCUUCCUGGGCACAGAUCGUGGCACUGUCCAAAAGGUCAUAGUUUUACCCAAGGACCCGAGCACCAUGGAGGAGCUCACCCUGGAGGAAGUGGAGGUUUUCAGGACACGUGCUGCUGUAAAAACAAUGAGGAUAUCAUCUAAAAGGCAACAGCUGUACGUGUCAUCGGAGGCAGGGCUUACCCAGGUAUCUCUGCAUCGUUGUGGGGUAUAUGGGAGGGCCUGUUCCGACUGCUGUCUGGCACGGGACCCUUACUGCGCCUGGGACGGGGAGAGCUGCUCUGCUUUCACCCCCGCCACCAAGAGGAGGAGCAGAAGACAGGAUGUGAAACAUGGGGAUCCACUGCGACAGUGCAGAGGCUUCAAUGCCAAAGUGGAGAAUCGUCUGAGAGAGACAGUCCAGUUUGGUGUGGAAGGGAGCAGUACCUUCCUGGAGUGUCAGCCUCGCUCUCCUCAGGCUACAGUCAAGUGGCUCUAUCAGAGAGAAGGAAGGAGGAAAGCGCUCAACCGGGACAGAGAGUAUCUGAAGACGCCCCACGGGAUCCUUCUGAAGUCCCUCAGCCAAUCGGAUGCCGGGCUAUACCACUGCCUGGCCACGGAGAACAACUUCAAGCACACGGUGGCCCGGGUGUUGCUGCGCAUUCUGGACCGAGACAUCGUGCUGGCCCUCACCUCCCCUGACAACGACCCCAUGACCUCCAACAGCCCUCCCACUGGACGGGGGGGACAACAUGACCCCAAGCAGCAGAGGGUCCCUCCAACCCCCCCUUUCACAGACACCCUGUCCCAGCCAGAGAUCAGGCUCAUCCACCAGUACUGUCAGUCCUACUGGGAGCAGCUGAGGCACAAGCAGCAACAACCCAAACGCACUUCCAGGAGACACACAGAGAGCCAGGAGCAAGAGCCUAAACGCACUUCCAGGAGACACACAGAGAGCCAGGAGCAAGAGCCUAAACGCAUCAGCAGGAGACACACAGAGAACCAGGAGACCCAAGGAGGAUAGAGGACUGGACUUCCAACACUAGC